AUCCCAUCUUGUCUGUUACACACUGUUUAUUGUUAUACCUAACAGUCUUCCUAUUGUUAUUGGAUUAUAUUUUACUUCUGUUUGAGUCACAUUUCGGUGACCUUCAGUGGCAAAAGGCUGAUUCCAUUGAUCAUGACUGCUCUUUUGAAUCUACCUUCGUUUAUAGUUGUGCUUUUGCUAACUAUUUGCACCUCUAGUUAUCUUAAAGUAUUGUCCCCCGGCACGAUUAACGCCAAACGAGCUGGAUUUUUAGGAGUUUUGGGCAAAUUUGCCGUCAUUGGUGAUCGAUUAUCACCUUACGUUUCAGCUGCAUGUGUAAUUUGUGCCUUUUGGACUCUUUUUGUGCGCUGAUGAUUUAAUAUAGAUUGUUUGUACUUCAUUAGGCGACAGGUCUUCCAUAGCAUGUCUUAUGGUUGCAUUCAUGUAAUGCGUAUAACGGCUUGUCAUUAUACGUUUUGCGCUGUUUUUGAUUCGAAACUUAACGUGUAUAUUUAAUAUAACACUUUUGGACAUGGCGUCGGAUCAGGCAUAUCGUACGGGUGAGUCCCUUCCCAACCAUACACUAUAUGUGUCAAAUUUGGACGAUCGCAUUCACGUGAAUGAUUUGCGCAAGUUACUUUAUGAGUUUUUAAUUCCAUAUGGCGAGAUCGUUGAUAUUUCUGCGCGUCGUACUCAGAAGUUGCGUGGUCAAGCAUUUGUCUCAUUUAGUGAAAUAGCGAGUGCCAUAUCAGCUUUCAAGGGUGUUAAUGGCCGUUCUUUUUUGGAUCGUCCAUUGAAAGUAGCUUACGCCCGAAAUCAGGGCUAUAAAUCUAUGAAGCCUGCUGAGUGUUACCGUCUCCUGACGUCGGCGAGGUCACUUCCGUCGGAACAGGUUAUGAUUGAAGAUACUUUAGACGCUAAUUCUGAAGGUGGUGAACGUCAUACAUUAUUUGUGGAGAAUCUGCAUCCUGACAUGAAUAAGAUGUCGGUUGAGCUUUUGUUUCAGCAGUAUCCAGGUUACAAGGACACUCGUUUUGUGGAGGGGAAAUGUGUUGCAUUUGUUGAUUUUGCUACUGCGUACCAAGGUGAAGUGGCUUUACAGGGUCUGCAGGGUUUCAGUGUGUCUCAUAGUCACGCAUUGCGUAUAUCGUUUGCCAAGUCACCAUCACAGUGAAUAGCCUCGGGUUGUAUCGCAUAACAUUCAUGCACUUAUAUUUCUACAGUAUUGAAUUU